ACUUCCUGCAUGGGAUUUCUGGCCCGGUUGUGCCAGAAGCUAGCAAGCUGAUCUUGAAGUUCUUCUGUCUUCAGGCUUCCCUUAGGAGUGUUGUCUAACUGAGCACUGGGCAGCUGGGCAGGAUCCAGUCCAGGCACUGCAGUUUGUAAGUAGCCAGAGGAGUUGCCAGGUCUGUGCUGCCUGCAGAGCACAGCGGGCCUGGCUCUGGCUCAGCUCUGAACGCCUGCCUGCGAAUAAACGGAGCACCAAAGGCACGAGACGAGGUAGGUCUGCUGAGCAAACCCAACCUGCAGCAGCUGAGCUGCUCCCGAGUGGAAAGCGUGCCCUGCAGGAAAAACUGGGUUGGUUUGUUACCUAAGAUCUCUUUCCCUCUCUGCCUGCCCACCAUAGUGGAAUGAUCUGCCCCAACCUCAUAGAAAUUUAAAGCUUAAUUGUUUUCUUUAGAGCAUCAAAAAUUUUCCCUAGGGCCAAAUCCUGCCAUUGUUUUCACCCUCAGUUCUCCUCAACAUGACCACAUUCAGGGCAUUCAUCAUUUCUGCUCUGUGUGAUGUGCACAGGACAAGGUAACAGAGUUGUGCUCGGUGGGGCAACAGUUUCACAACAUAAUUCUGGUGGCCUUAGCCUGAGGAGCACAGUGAAUGCCUGGUCAGGCUGGUGGCACAAAAUUGUCUGUGAAGGUGUGAUGGCCAUGAGAACACAAGAUUCUACCUAAAUGUAUUUUGACCCUUGGACUUACCUGUUCGAGUAUUUGUGUAAUGCAGCUUCUGAAUAAAGCACGUGGUCAGUCUUUCUCAUUUCUAUCAGCAGAUCUUUCACUACUAAGUAGGAGUAGAUUUGUGCCCCUGUUUAAGGGAAACCUGAGGGUCAGCACCUGGAAAAGUGCUAGUUCUCACCCCUCUGCCAAGUGCAGCUUUCCUGAUGAGAUGGGAAACCAAAGGCCACAGUGCUCAGGGAGUGUGGUACAAACCAGUAACGCCACCUUGCAGGUUGAGGUGCAUUUUGAGUUGCUGUGCCAUGAGACUGUGCAGUGUCUGUGCCAGGCCCAGAAUCACAGUUAUCAGUACCAUCAGCAUCCCAGCAAACGUGUUCUCGUGGCAGUGCCAGCUCCUGUGCUGUGGAAGACUUGCUCAGGGGAGCAUCAGCUUCCCUGACACGCAGCAGACGUGGGGGAGGCCUCGUGUGGGAGGUCCCGGGGAUGAGCCGGACCCUUAUCUUGCCAGCCAGCUGGGAGGGCAUUAUCCGGGAGCUCAGCUCUGCAGGGCACACUCUGCACUGGCUGGGCUGCCUGAACACCUUCCUCUUGUCCUGUAAAGCCAGCGAGAAAGCAAAGAUUGUACUUCUCUGGUAAGUCAACAGUUACCUUCUGUUCUUUUUUUCCUCUUUGGCUGACAGCACAGGGAAGCACUGCCUUGUUGCAGGUAUGUGUAGUUGUUCUCCUGGAGAAUUAUAGCAGCUCAUGUGCUCAACAGUGGCACGAGGCUGUAAUGUAAAGACAGCUCGUUGACCCAUGUCUUGCAGCACAGUCACAGCUCCAGGAGAUUAUUCACCUGCUGGAGCAAAACUACCAUGGAAAACUCCACUGACCUCCACCCUCAGUGAUCAGUACCCUUUCUGUGGCCAAGGACUGUUUAUCACUUCUUUCCAAGGCUGGAAAGGCUAUUUUUCGCUUGUGGUAACAGUAAAUUUAUUUCUGAAUCUCCUCUUACAGUUUGCAUGAACAAAGCUUUGCUUACAGGUGUAAUUCAGAGCUAUGAUAAGGCAUGAGCUGUUUCAUAUUUUAGUUUUUGAUUCCUUGAUGGAAAUUUUAUUGGCUACUCUAGUAAUUCACCUCCACUAAUGCAGAAAAUAGAAGCAGCUCUUGUACACUUUGGAGGACUAGUGAAAAUGUAUUUGAUGGCUCCCAGUAGCUAUGUGUUCAUAUCCCUCCUCAAAUACAGAGUUGGAAGACCAGGAACAUUCUCUCUUCUGUAAAGAGAGACCAGAAUUUUGCACAUCUCUUUUAACUUUGUUCUUUUCAGAGCUCUUGCACCUCCUGUGAAGGACACCAAAUUCACCCAACUUUAGGAACUCAUCCUCAGAACAAACCAACAAAAGACCUGGGGCUGUGGUGUCAGUCCUGGAGUGUGUGGUGUCUACUUGCCUGGUCUUCACCUCAUUCAGUCUCACCAGGGAAGUGUUUGCAGGUGAAGAUGAACAGGGGAAUUCUCUUCUUGUCCCUGCUUGGCUUCCUCCCGCUCGUGAUACCCACCUGCCCUGUGCCAUGCAAGUGUACCACCACCAUUAUUGACUGCACCUCAAAAGACCUCACUGUAGCAAACCUGCCCGCUGCCUUCCGUCCUUCAGCUGAAAUUAUCCACCUCGGUUACAACAGGCUCACCUCUAUUCCCAGUGGGCUCUUUGACAACCUGAAGAGCCUGCAGGUAGUGUACCUGCAGGGCAACCCUUGGGACUGCACCUGUGACAUCCUGUACCUGCGCUCCUGGCUGCAGUGGCAGCAGAACCGCACCCUGUACCGGGAUGUGAGGUGCAGCUCCCCGAGGCACCUGCAGCACCGGGUCAUUGCCUACCUGACAGAGGACGAGGUCAACUCCACGUGCCAGUACUGGUACUGCAGCCUGGCUCUCCUCUCUCAGCUCUGUCUCUUCAUCCUCCUUUUCCUCCAGGGUAUCUUGGUUAUCUUCAUCAUCGUUUACCUGCAGAAAUUUCGGAGGAUGACCGCUGAAGCCCGGAGCACCACCCGAGAACUGCACCAGCAGGUUGACCCUUGGGUGUCUUCUUCAAGAAACCCCUACGACAAUGAUUAACAUCCCAAGACUGAAGACCCUCCUCCUCUGGGGGGAUGAUGUGCCAAGCCCCUGUGGUUUGUGAUACCCAGAGCAGACAUCUGAUCCUGACUGCAGUCCAAAGCAGGACUUGAACUAUCAGACACUUGCCUGUGUUCCUAAAGAACCAAUCUUGUGGGUUUUUUAAUGCUUUGAACUCUUUAGCAUGAUGUUGAUUGCUUUGCUGAGCUGGACGUGGCUCUGGUUUGGUAGAUUAAAGAAAUCAUAAACUACAGUGACCAGAACUGACUCGAAUGGCUCACAAGGUCCUAAAGGCUACAGAGCUUGAUCCCUCCUAUGCUACAGUAUUUCAGCCACACUUCCCACGAUGCUUCUGGUUGUGUUGGGUCAGGUGAGGACAGAGGUGGGCAGUGAACAGUUAAGGUACUGGACUAAGACAAUGCAGAAAUACAGUUUUCUCUGCCUUAGAAUCUUUGGCUAAGUGACUUAGUCUUCUCCUGCCAUGGUUUCCCCAUCAGUAAAAGAGAAAGAAAAUUUCUUCUUGCUUGAUGCAUCUUUUCCAAUGUUCUUCUUCUGAGGGAGGGAGGGAAUGUUUAGAAGCCCACCUAUUUUAUCCUGUUUGCAUUCCUUUUAAUCUUCUUGCAGUUUUAAUACUGACUUCAGCUAAGUGAGACUGGGGCCCUGAAUGCUUUUGAGAUAUUCAUCCUGAAGCCAAGAGUUGUUGAGACCAGUGGCUCACUCUGGCUGUGCCUGUAACAGCAGUUGGCAUGAGAGAUCUGGUCUUUAGAGACUCAAACUGCAAACCCCACUGAUGUGCCUACUGCUGGUUAUAGUGUCCCUUAAUUAUUUUUGAAAUGAAGCAAAAAUGAAAUAAAAUAAUGACACCUG